GACGCCGCCGUGACUCGGCCGCGGUGCACGCCGGGAUCCGCAGAGCCGGAGAGCCCCGACCGGGAGACGCCGCCGCCGCCGCCGCCGCGAUGCCGGAGCUGGCCGUGGAGCGCGUGGUGGUGCACCCGCUGGUGCUGCUGAGCGUGGUGGACCACUUCAACCGGAUCGGGAAGGUGGGGAACCAGAAGCGCGUGGUGGGCGUCUUGCUGGGCUCGUGGCAGAAGAAGGUGCUGGACGUCUCCAACAGCUUCGCAGUGCCCUUCGACGAGGACGACAAGGACGACUCGGUCUGGUUCCUGGACCACGACUACCUGGAGAACAUGUACGGGAUGUUCAAGAAGGUCAACGCUCGCGAGCGGAUCGUCGGCUGGUACCACACCGGCCCGAAGCUGCACAAGAACGACAUCGCCAUCAACGAACUCAUGAAGCGCUACUGCUCCAACUCGGUGCUGGUGAUCAUCGACGUGAAGCCCAAAGACCUGGGUCUGCCCACCGAAGGCUACAUCUCUGUGGAAGAGGUCCACGAUGACGGAACCCCAACAUCCAAGACUUUUGAGCACGUAACCAGUGAAAUCGGAGCGGAGGAGGCGGAAGAAGUCGGUGUGGAGCACUUGCUGCGUGACAUUAAGGACACCACGGUGGGCACGCUUUCCCAGCGCAUCACCAACCAGGUCCAUGGGUUGAAGGGACUGAAUUCCAAGCUCUUGGAUAUCAGGAGCUACUUAGAAAAAGUGGCAGUUGGCAAGCUCCCCAUCAACCACCAGAUCAUCUACCAGCUCCAGGAUGUCUUCAACCUCCUGCCGGAUGUCAACCUGCAAGAGUUCGUCAAGGCCUUUUACCUGAAGACCAACGACCAGAUGGUGGUGGUUUACCUGGCCUCCCUGAUCCGUUCGGUAGUAGCGCUGCACAACCUCAUCAACAAUAAGAUUGCCAACAGAGAUGCCGAGAAGAAGGAGGGGCAGGAGAAGGAGGAGAGUAAGAAGGAGAGGAAGGAUGAGAAGGAGAAGGAAAAAAGCGAGGCUAAGAAAGAAGAGAAGAAGGAGAAGAAGUAGUAGCAAUAGCAAUCAUGUUUUCUAUUUGUAAAUUAAAAGCAUUAAAUUGCACCAGG